CUCCCACCCGCCGCCGCCGCCGCCGCACGCAGAUGAGGCGCCGAAGUACAGACGCUCACCCCCGAGUUUAGUCCAUCCCUGCCCGCAGUUCGCUUAACCUAGCUGUAAGGCCACUGCGGGAAGAUGGCGGCGGAAAAAACGAAACACGAAGGAAGAGUUAAAAUUGGACAUUACAUUCUCGGAGACACACUCGGAGUAGGGACGUUUGGAAAGGUCAAAGUGGGCCAACAUGAGCUGACCAAACAUCAAGUGGCAGUGAAGAUCUUGAACAGGCAGAAGAUCCGCAGUUUGGAUGUGGUUGGAAAGAUUCGCCGAGAGAUCCAGAACCUCAAGCUCUUCAGGCAUCCUCACAUAAUUAAACUGUAUCAGGUUAUUAGCACCCCGACAGAUAUCUUCAUGGUGAUGGAAUAUGUCUCGGGAGGAGAGCUGUUUGACUACAUCUGCAAAAAUGGAAAGUUGGAUGAAAAGGAGAGUCGUCGGCUGUUCCAGCAGAUUAUUUCAGCGGUAGAUUACUGCCAUAGGCACAUGGUGGUGCACCGAGACCUCAAGCCUGAAAAUGUGCUACUUGACGCACACAUGAAUGCCAAGAUCGCAGACUUUGGUUUAUCAAACAUGAUGUCAGACGGAGAGUUCCUGCGAACAAGCUGUGGUUCUCCAAACUAUGCUGCUCCAGAAGUCAUCUCAGGAAGGUUAUAUGCUGGUCCAGAGGUGGAUAUCUGGAGCAGUGGUGUCAUUCUCUAUGCCUUGUUGUGUGGGACACUUCCCUUUGAUGAUGACCAUGUGCCAACACUCUUUAAGAAGAUCUGUGAUGGUAUCUUCUUCACCCCACAGUAUCUGAACCCUGCAGUAAUAAGCCUCCUUAAACACAUGCUGCAGGUGGACCCCAUGAAAAGAGCAACCAUCAGAGAAAUCAGAGAGGAUGACUGGUUUAAACAGGACCUUCCCAAGUACCUGUUCCCUGAGGACCCCUCUUACAGCAACAACAUGAUUGACGACGAGGCCCUGAAGGAGGUAUGUGAUAAGUUUGAGUGCACUGAGGAGGAGGUCCUGACCUGCCUAUACAGUCACAACCAUCAAGAUCCACUGGCCGUCGCCUAUCACCUCAUCAUUGACAAUCGCCGCAUUAUGAGUGAAGCCAAGGAUUUCUACCUGGCAUCCAGCCCCCCCGACUCUUUUCUGGACGACCAGCACCUGACCUCAUCCGGUGCGGCUGUGGCCAGUGUUACGAAGCCUCACCCUGAGCGGGUACCAUUUCUUGUGAUGGAGACUCCGCCCAGGCCUCGCCACACGCUUGACGAAUUAAACCCCCAGAAGUCCAAGCACCAAGGUGUUAGGAGGGCAAAAUGGCACCUGGGUAUCCGCAGUCAAAGUAGACCCAAUGAUAUCAUGUCAGAAGUGUGCCGGGCCAUGAAACAGCUGGAUUACGAGUGGAAGGUAGUGAAUCCAUAUUAUUUACGUGUGAAAAGGAAGAAUCCUGUUACUGGGAUGCAAACCAAGAUGAGCCUUCAACUCUACCAGGUGGACAGCAGAACCUACCUCCUUGACUUCCGUAGCAUAGACGAUGAUAUGUUGGAGACAAAAUCUGGAACUGCUACCCCUCACCGCUCUGGGUCCGUGGGAAAUUACCGCACCACUGUUAAAAGUGAUGUAGAUGGUGGGGACACUCCACUGACACCUAGUAUUGUGCACCCCACAAAGGCUGGAGAAGGCUCCUUAGCGUCAUCGCUAACCUCGUCUAUCGACUCAACUGGAGGGGGUGACAGUGCCACUGUCCCUCGACCAGGAAGCCACACCAUCGAGUUCUUUGAGAUGUGCGCAAAUCUUAUUAAACUACUUGCACGAUAACUUGCAAAAACAAUCGCUAGCCUUUUAUCCUCUCUGAGUGUCUUUAUAGCAAUAAGCAUGCAACCGACUCAUGGCUCAGUUUGUCCCAGCUGAGAAUGAAGUGAUAGUUCCAUGGCACUGAUGCAGGUUGGUGAUCCCUAACCUGAAGGGAUGUAUACUGAGCUGACAGGGGAUGUAAGGGGUUAUUGGAAAAGAUGAAUGACAAGCUACAUAAUAGCUAGGACAGAGCAACACAUGUGGGUUAUACGAUUUCCUGAUCAGUUUAAUAGUAGAUUUCCACAUCCCACCAACACACAUAUGAGCAAGUGAUUACACUGAAUUUUCUGUACCAUAGACAGUGAUCAUUUCAGUACAGAGAACUAGACCAAGUUUUUACCUGCAGAGAAAGAAGCCUCAAAUUAAGGGUUGAGGAGCUGGCUGAUGCAGGAAGCACUUUUGCACAAGGUUCUUUAAUUUCCUGCUGCUCUUGUUUUUCUCUCAGUAGGGAUCAGAGAAGUAGUGUGUGCUGCACUGCCUAUGACUAGGGUUGACAUGCCCAUCAUUCAUUGGACUAUAAGAAGUGCAGUGAUCCCUGUGUUUCAGUCAUUUGUCGGGGAUUAAAGAAUGCUUCAGAUCAUGUUUGGUUUUCUUUUCUGUGAAUCUGAUACUAAAUUGUCACCGUAUUGUCCAUGAUGUCAAAAUUUGCUUGAAAAUGAUCUGUCCCCGACAUUUUUUUUAAUCUAAAGACGUAAAUAUAUUUAUCAGUAGAAAGAGUGUUGGUUCUAUUGGAAAUGGCCUUUUUUUCUUUCUUGUGUUAAGAUCUAUUGCUGGAUGGUAUAUAUCUUCUUUUUUUACUGUCUUUUUUUUUUUUUUUUGUAAAUCUAUCACAGUUUUAUUUUCCUUCAAUCACACUUAUUCAGUCAGAUACUUGAUUGUUUCUUGAUGAAUUAUAACCUGCUUUUACCAUUUAAGAUAUAUUUUGCCAUGACAGUCAAAAUCUAGAAAUAUCACAUUAUUUGACAUAUUACAAUGAAAAUUUCAUGUAGACUUUUUAUGUAUCUUUUUUUUAAGUGAAUUAUUAGAAUUUGUGAAUGAUUACGACAUGCGUGUGUGACAUGCCUUUGCCUACCUUUAAUUCUUAAAUGCCAAUCCACAAGUGUAUAGGCCUCAGGGCUCAAUUUGAAAAUAAGUAGCAACAAUUACAUGCAAUGCAUGGACAGUGUCAUCCAAAAUAUAUAAUGUAUUUUUUUUGGGAUAUUUUUCCAUUUUGAAUGCCCACACAUUCCCUUGCAGGUUGACCUUGGAAAGGAAGUUGGCAUAUGUUUAAACCUAAAACAGACAUUUAAGACUGUAAUUAUUAACUCUUGCUGGGUAGGUCAGAAUUUUGACCUACAGGAAAAAAAUCUCGCUUGGCUAAUUUAGUAAAAUGAGUAAAAUGU